ACUCGAGUGACUCUUUAAGCUUUAACGCGAACUCUAACCUAUUCUAACGCGAGGCUACCUUUGAAGUUCUAUAUCUCAUGGCUACUACUAUUGCUCUUUCCAAAGCACAACAUAUACUACUCAAACGUAUACCGGCACUGACCACUCCCUCCGAUAUACGGCGGAUGCUAAUUCGUUAUAAAGCUCAAGGUGUUGCUGAUGUGGCAAUAAUGUAUGAAAACUUCGUACCAACAAAACAGGCACUCAUUACUUUGACCCGCCCAAAUUACCUGAGAGACAAUCUCCGGGAGCUCAUAAAUGCAACUCUGAGUGGUGUGGUAUUCACAAGUGAAGAGGUUGACUAUUCAAUAUCUGGACCGCCUCCUUCCGUGUUCGGUACAGGUCCUCACGCUGGUGUGGACAAUAUAGGAAAGAACGUAGUGCUCUCUCCCUUUCCGAGCGGGACGUCCCCCUACAUUCUUGAAGAUGUCCUCAAAAAAUAUACACUGGUUGGUUCCUAUCAGGAUUCAGUCCUUCCAAUAAACGCUGGUUCAAAAAACCCAAUCACAAUGCUAGUCAAGCUUGGGUCGGAAUCGGAAGCGUAUCGAGUCGUGAGGGAUCUGCACAUGAGAAAUCCCCUAGAAAACGUGAGGUGGUCGCGGAAUCUCCAGGCGCGUAUUAUACAUUAAAUUAUCAGUAUGUUAAGAACGACACAAAAUGAAGACAUUUCUCUACAUUCUAUCGACUUCA